AGUUUUGAAAGCUCAUGCAUUGCCCACAAGGAGGUCGCUGUGUGCAUUUUGAUUGGUGUUUUUUCUUUAACUUCCGUUUUACCUAGAAUCUUUUUGAUUCUCUUGAGCAGAAGGUCGCGACGUACACUAUAUUUUGAAACCGCGGCCUGCUCGCUGUCGUUCUUAGCAUAUGUUGUCUUUGAUCUGGGAUGCGGAUGGCAUCAGAAAAGAAAACAUGUGCUAUCUCAUCAUUUGCGUGAGUUGUCUGAGGCAAUCAUCAUAGAAAACCCAGGACUGAGUUGGGAAAAAUGGGACUUGGUAACGAUUCGCAUCAACAAUCUUCUUUAUGAGCAGAGUGCGUGGUCAACCAAAUAUUGCCUUUUCGAUGGCAAACAAACCUAUGAUAUUUUUGGAGAGCUCACGGUAGAUAGGGAUGUUACCCCAGAAAUUUCGAGGGCUACUGACUUAGUUCAACAAGCACUGACGGCCACCUGGGAUCAGCAAGCUGUUCCUUUUCAUUCAUCGGGCAAAAUUUGUGAACAUUUGCCCAGACAGAAGUAUAGAAAUAAGUGGUUUUGGACAAUACACCAGAAUUAUCUUAUUACCCAAACCUUGCAUGUCGUUGUAUUUGCUAGCGCCUUCUUUGCGGCUGUAGUAGGUGCAAUUAUGUACCACGAGACUCCCACUACAACCCGCGGGGCUUGUGAUUUAAUCUUUCGCUUGUAUUAUAUUUGCCUUAUGGCUUUGAUCAUUUCAGGAGGUCAUUAUAAUUUCCGAUCUAUACGUUUGGGCCUGAAAAGCGAAUUAGCAUUCCUGAAAGUUGUGGAAAGUAUCAAACCCGCUUCGGACUUGAAAGCAUGGGAUAAGAUAGCGCAGUCAAUGAAUCUAUAUCUAUUUGAUCAAAACGUUUGGCCUAAUAAAGACUUCCAUUUUGAGGGUAAAGAUUGUAAGCGACAUUUCGAAAAUAAAUUUGUCGAUGGACGUGAACGUAAAAGGUUUGCCUCCGCCAACCUACUACCUUUUAUCAAAAAAGCGCUCAAAGCUAGCUCUGGCGACGAACUUCAAACGAAAGAAGUAUGA